UUGGGAAUACCGACCCAAAAAAUAAUUCAUAAUUUUAUACUCUUUUUAAUCUUUUAUAACAAAAACCUAAAAAGUUAGAACAGAAAUUGUAGGAUCAUAAGCUUUGUGUGUAGAACGAUGGCGAAUCCAGUUUCCGAUUCACACAGCAACACCGUCGCGGUUCAAGCCACCAACGACGAUGCUUCCGCUAGCAAAUUGUCAUGUGUGAAGAAGGGAUACAUGAAAGAUGAUUACAUUCAUUUAUUUGUUAGAAGGCCUGUGAGGAGAUCACCAAUUAUUAACCGUGGUUACUUUGCUCGUUGGGCUGCAUUUCGGAAGCUUCUCUAUCAGUUUCUUGAUGUUGAGAAGAAGGAUGAAAAUGAACCAAUAAAGAAGCAGAUAUUGUCACUUGGAGCAGGAUUUGACACAACAUAUUUUCAGUUGCAGGAUGAGGGGAAAGCACCGUAUUUGUAUGUGGAAGUGGAUUUUAAGGAGGUAACUAGCAAAAAGACAGCACUUAUUGAGACUUCCAAUCAAUUGAGGAACAAAGUUGGAGAAGCAGCAGUGAUAUCAAGAGAGAAGGGAGAGGUGCUCAGUGAUCACUACAAAUUAAUACCUGCUGAUUUGCGAGAUAGGCAACAAUUAAGUGAUAUUGUAACGCGAGCUGAUAUGGAUCCGCGUCUGCCGACUUUUAUAAUUGCAGAAUGUGUUCUGAUCUACUUGGAUCCCGAUUCAACUCAGGCAGUUGUUGGUUGGGCAUCCCAAACAUUUUCAACAGCUGCCUUUUUUCUUUAUGAGCAGAUCCACCCAGAUGAUGCUUUUGGGCAGCAAAUGAUGAGAAACUUGGAGAGUCGAGGUUGUGCUCUCCUGGGUAUUCAUGCUACACCAACUUUACAUGCAAAAGAAAAGUUAUUUCUGGACCAAGGAUGGCAGAGGUCGGUUGCCUGGGACAUGUUGAGAAUUUAUAAUGAUUUUAUUGAUGCACAAGAAAGACGCAGGAUUGAGCGGCUCGAAUUGUUUGAUGAAUUUGAGGAAUGGUACAUGAUGCAAGAGCACUACUGCGUGGCUAUUGCAAUCAAUGAUGCCAUGGGCCUUUUCAGGGAUUUUGGCUUUAUAAACGAGGAGAGUGUACCCCAUUCCUCAUGAAGCACGAGGAUACAGUUCCAUAGCAUAUAUCUAUUAUAUUUUUCUCUUGCCAUAUGUGGUUGUAACUAUCGAUACAUGAAAGCACUGAUGCUGACAUGUGCCAGCUCAUUCUGCUGGGGAGUGUUGUGUGAUAAAAAGGUUCUCAGAACAAAUUGUUCAUUUUUUUUCUUUUAAUAUCAUUUCUAUGCAAUGAUAGUGUAAAAUUCUUU